AUGGAAAGUCUUGUUCAAAACUUCAUGGACAAGCGUAAAGAGCGUUGCGGUCGGAUGACUGACGAAGAUAGGGAGAUCCAAAUGGCAAAAAUUGAUGCACUUCUGGCCAUCACUGCUGCAACCUUAGUCUUUCUUGGGGUCUCUGGGUCAUUCAGGAGACGCUGUGGCAACCGCACAUUCACGAUGGUCGCAUUUGCGGCCUAUACCCUUACGCCCGCUGCCAUUGCGUACACACUUGGCCUUAUCCAAAACGCUCAAUUCUGUAGUCUGCGUUUGCCUAUCUGGGCAACUUAUCUGGUGGUGUUUCUCGGAAACGUGGAUUCCUACACUGCUCACAGCAUGGAGGACAUUGAACGGUGGAAGUCAUUUAAAGUCGACUCUGCUGCUAAAUGCAUCAUGACAAUUUGGAUAAUCGUUUCAUAUGUGUUCCUGCAAGAUGAGAUCCUGUUCGGAGUGCUCCUGUAUGGGCCAAUAAUGUGCAUUCUUUUCAUCAUUCUACUCAUGAAAUUUGACGGAAGAGCACAAGCUUUGAAAUUGGCAAGCAAUUCUAUGAUGCAGAAGAACGACAGGUACAUAGCAGACUACAUGAGCACCGAGCACCAAGGGAGAGAUUCAAGUGACGAAAAUCCUGCUUCAAUGCACGGGUACAAGUACUUGGUGAGUGGGGCAGAAGAGGCAAAAGUGCACUCAUGGUGCUCAAUAGCGAGAUGGAGGCAAAAGGCAGUUCUGUGGCAUGAUGGGGACGCACCUUACUAUCGACAACGGUUGGAGGUGACGGAUGAAGUUAUCACCGUUGAGAAGGUUUGGCACUGCAAAGGUAGACUUUUAAGUCGAAACGGAGGAGACCCGACUGGCCAACUCAAGGAUCUUUGCCUGUCUUUUUCGCUUUUCAAGCUCAUUCGCCUAAGAUUCACUGGCUAUUCGUUGCCCCAAGAAGCUCACAACAAGUUACGGCGCUUGAUUCAACAUAUGCUUUCUAAAGAAAAUGAUUACAAGCGAGUUUUCCGAGUCAUCGAAGUAGAACUUGCAUUUCUAUUCGAUUUGUUCUUCACCAAAUACCCAGUGAAACUCCAUAUGCGUCAUUCAGUGCAUAGAUUGCUUCUACUCCCCAUUUUGGUCGCGGUUCCACUGCUUGUUCCCUUGUAUGCGUUUGUCACGGAGGACAUGCGUAUUACUGUUGUAAGCCUCGUGUUAAUAACGUCAAUCCUCGUUGUUGAGCUUACACAGUUUGCCAUAAUGAUUUUCUCGGAAUGGGCAAAGGUGACAUACAUAUGCAAGUAUGUGCGCAACGAGCGGUGGCAAAGCUAUUCUCCUUCGAAGUGGAAAUAUAAUAGGCUCACUGCUGCGUAUCUCGACCAGAAAAGGACGGGUGAGAAACAACUUGCUCCCACCAAUUUGUCUAAGGAAGUGAAAAGGGCUAUCGCUCGGUCUCUAGGGAAGUAUUUGGAGAAGGGGCAAACGUCUUUGAGGCUCAACGACUUGUCUGAGAAUUUCCACAACUUGUUUGUCGAAUUCUCAAGGGCAUGUAAUCUUGAGACAACUACCCAUGUUAUAAUGGUCUGGCACAUAGCAACCACUUUCUGUGAGCAUAAAAUGCCUCACGCUCAACCUUCCACAGAACAAGGAGACAACUUUGACGUAGCGGCUAAGCUAUCACAAUAUCUUGCUUAUUUGGUCGUUUUCGCCCCGAAGUUGCUUCCCGGUCACCCUUGCAGGACCAAAUACAUAUUUAGUCGUGCUGUCAGUGAAGCCAGAGAAAAAUUGAGAGGUUCCUCGGGUUCAAUGAAAGAGAGGAUUGAAAUUCUAACGAGCAUUGACGAUGAACAAUGCCAGGAAACGAUUGUAGCUAGAGGCAAGCGGCUAGGAAUGCAACUUGUGAAUGGAGUAGCAGAUGAGGGGCGAAUUUGGAAGGUCUUGGCUGACUUUUGGGCGGAUAUGAUGCUGUAUGUGGCUCCUUCGAAUGAUACAGGGGCUCAUGCUAAGUAUCUCACCUCUGGGGGCGAGUUUUUGACUCACGUUUGGGUUUUGGUCUCUCACGCGGGCAUUACGAGAGAUCCACGUGAUGCUGCCGCUCAAGCCACCGCUAUUGUUGUUGUUGCCGCCGCCGCUAAGGCUGCAGUCGUUGCCGCACCUGCCGCCGCACCCGCUGCCGCGCUUGUUGAUGUUCCAACUAAGAACAUAGAGGUGCAGAGAGAAAAACCGAUCCAUAAGCUGGUGGAGCGGUUUUUAAAGCUGAGUCCGCCAAGACUUUUGGGUACUGGAGACCCCGAGGCCGCCUCACUGUGGAUACAAGAUCUGGAGAAAGCCUUUGCACUUUGA